UAUUGCCUCUAGGGCAUAUUUCCAACAGCCGGCGCACCGGCCCAAACGUUUCGGCCGGUCGCGCCACAGCCACCCGAUCUAAUCAUGAUUAGACGUUGGAUUUGGCCCUGUGUCUUCUACCUCGCGAGAAAAAACAAGGGAAUCCGCACGCUCCCUGGACGCACACCUCCACUCCUCCUCCUUGUCGUCGUUGUGGCCGUGCCUGACGAGCUCUGGCGAGGUCCUGCCCGCGUGGCCGCCGGGAUUGCAUCAUGGCAGUCAUUGAUUCCAGAGAUUCACCAUGGAUGCAACUUUAAAAACAAAUCAGAUCGAUUGGAUCCAUCGUGCGGGCGCCAUGAUUGCAGCAUCCUAGCGUAAUCCUGCCUCCGGCUCACUGUAGCCGUCGGUUACUGUCGUGUCUAGCCAAAAAAGAUCUAAAAAAGGCAACAAAUUCUCUGUCGUCGGUUGAAGCAAAAAAUUUAUAAGGUUCCAGCAAAAAAGGACAUCGGUUCCAGCAAAAUCAACCAAUCAACCUCAGCAGGGAGAACUUCAGUGGUUGAUUGUAGCAAACAAAAUUGCUAGUUCCAGCAAAAAUAAACACUGUUUCCAGCAAAAUAACUCAGCAAAGAGACUCCCAUUGGUUCGAUUGUAGCAAACAAAAGAAUGAUUGUAGCAAAAAGAAAAGCUAGUUCCAGCAAAAACAUACACCGGUUCCAGCUCGCCACCGUGCUGGUUCCAGCACCGGUGUCCCCCACGGGUUGCAGCUCCGCCUGCUCGAUGCAGCUGCCCAAACGUCAAUUGCAGCUCUGCCACCAAUGGUUGAAGCUCCGGUAGCAGCUGGUUGUAGCUCGCCCGUCGGCGCGGCGCCGUCAGAUGCAGCUCAACCCAUCGUCGGUUGUAGCUCCUCCGUCCACCGGCUGCAGCUUCCGGCGUGCCCUGUUGCAGCUCCACGGUCCGUCGUCCAUCCCUGCGACAAGAGGGGCGUCGCGGAACUGGAAGGACGCCGAGGCAACUAUGGGGAAAAAAGGGGAAAAGCUCGCCGAAGAGGGAGAAAUAGCAGCAGAGGGAACUCCUCUAGUGGUGGUGGGGCUCGCCGGAGCUAGGAUCCGACGAGGCGAGCGAGAGGUGAGGCGGGUGAUGCACGAGCGGAGAGCAAGACGUGAGGUAGGCCAUGCGCGGGCGAAGGAGGACGAGCUGCAGGACUUGUGUGGACGAGAGAAAGCGGUGCUGGUCUGCUAGAGUGACUGGAUAAGGAUGUGGUGGUGUCCGUGACGCAUGGUAGGCAGGGGCAUCUGCUUGUUAUGUGCGUGUGCGAGUACAGCGGUGUGACCGGCCGAAAAUUCGGCCGGCGCACCGCACACAAACGUUUCCCUAUGAUAAAUGGCCCACAUCAUUACAGGGCUAAUGAUCAAAUCCUCACGAGGCGCCGCCGCCGCUCUCGUGCUUCUUCCUCGAAACCAGUAUCACCGAUCCAUACUUCUGAGGUUUGUCCCGCCGCCUUAUUCGAUCCUACCGUACGUCACACCUCCAUCCAGUUUCGUCCAAGGUAAUACACUGAUUUUACCUGUUAUAGUUUUUUGUCCAGUAGAAGGAGGCCAGGCCAGUGCCAGGGCAGAUCCGACGAUGCGCCGCCAGUUCAUCAACGUGGUGCUGGGCUGCCACAAGACCCGCUCCUUCGUCCUGCACCGCAUCAGGUCGUCGAGCCUCUUCCACCUACGAAAACGAACCGCCGGCACAUCGCCGCCGCCUCCGCCGACACAGGUGGAAGAGGCCGCGCUGCCGAAACCCGCGCUGUCGUUCGGCUUUCUCCGCAAGGAAUGCGUCCCAGGCGGGACCUCCAUGUUCAUGCCUUUCGGCCGCAGCGGGGACGGGAUCCUCGGCGUAGGCCCGAGCGUCGACGUCCUGGCCUACGACGCCCGCCUGAAUAACGUCAGGGUCAUGCCCAGGCUGCAGGGGUGCAUGGCCGACCCCAUCGCCUUCAACGUCGGCGACGCCCUCUACCUCCUGGAGAGGCGCCCCAGCAGGUCUGGUCGGACCAACCAGCCCAGCUUCCAAGUUCUCAAGCACGGCGACCCUCCGGAAGACGUCUACGUGUUCCCGAGGUGGCACUGGCGCUCCCUCCGGCCUCCUCCCUACGUGAACGCCGCCACGAUCGGCGCCUCCGCGCUGGUCGGUGACGACAUCUGGGUGUCGGCCGAGGGCGUCGGCACCUACGCCUUCGACACCGCCAAACACAGGUGGAGCAAGGCCGGCGGCUGGGAGCUCCCGUUCUGCGGCGGCGCAGAGUACUCCCCGGAGCUCGGCCUCUGGUUCGGCCUCUCUUCUCUACACAAGAAGAAGCUCUUCUGCGCAGCGGACCUCUCGGCGGCAGCGGGUGCUUCCGGUGCGCCCGAGCUGUGCCGUGUCUGGAGGAAGGAGCUCGCCGCCAACCCUGAGGACUGGGAGCUGCUGGACACCCUCCUCGUGCAUGUUGGCAACGGCAGGUUCUGCGUCGCCAGGUUCUACCACGUGUAUGCAGAUGAAGAGAGCCCCAUUGCAACGGAGAAAUUCGCAGUCUUCACCGGCGUGGAGGUGCAGCGCCUCAAGGCUGGUGGGAGGAUCAAGAUAGUCGGGCACAAAUCCAUACGCUACGAAAUCGAUGCCUAUAUCCACUGGGUGUUUUAGGGGGGACAGCUUUUGAUGCAAGGAUUGUUCAAGUUGGACAGUCGCAAAGGCGGGACAAAACCUCGACGAACUCAAACCAGAACAAUUCAUACACUUAAAUGAAUGGUUGCACAUGAAUCCGCAAUAUCAUAAAUAAAAUGGACAAAUGUUUACAUACAUGGUACAUCAUCUCAGUCCCCUAAACCUACAACAAAGGCACUAUCACAUCAUCAUCACAGUACAUUUUCAGCAACAAUGGCGUCUAUCUCCUCUUUAAAAUCGAACAGCAAUGGCAACAACUCACGCUACACAUUCCCACUGCCGGGUAAUUUUACAAUUUGGCUCGAAUGCCUUAUUGCACUUCUCCAGAAAUCUGACACAAAUCUCAAUGUACCACUGCUACAGCCAAGUCAUGUAAGUAUAGCCUCCAUUCUCACCUGGGCCUCCGUCGUGCUGAGAAACCAUGAUUUGGUUCUGGGCCAAGCCUAGAGCAGGCAGAACC